GCCCUCAGUGUGUUUCGAGAGUCCGAGCUGCGAGGCCCCGCUCGCUCUCAUGGCCACGUGAGCCUGUGUGUGGAUUGUUGUUUUGGCGAUGGAGUGACGUCGGCAGAAGUUGUGUCGAAUCCAGAUAGAGAGAAGGUCCAUUAUUUGUUGAACAGUUUUUUAACGAAAACGCCGAAAGCCGCCGCCAUGGGUUGGUUGCCGCCGAGCGUCGGCAGAAGAAAAUUUAGUGAUGUGUUGGAUCCGGCGUCGAUCCUUAUGCGAAUUCUUCUCGUGGUUUUCGCGAUACAGACCUUGUUAAUUAAUUCCUCGCUAGUGAGUGGCAGCAAGUCUUUUUCCAUCCAUUGGAAUACGUCGAAUUCAAUAUUUAGAAUAGACAACACAGACCACAUAUUCGACGUCAACAAGGACAAUAGCCCAUUCGAGUAUGAUCAGGUCAACAUCAUCUGUCCGGUGUACCCGGCAGACACUCCGGACGAGGAAACCGAGAAGUACAUGAUAUACAAUGUGUCGAAAGAGGAGUACGACACGUGUAGAAUCAUGGACCCGAAUCCUCGCACCGUUGCAAUCUGUAAUAAGCCGAAAAAGCUCAUGUAUUUCACAAUCACCUUCCGCCCGUUCACGCCACAACCGGGAGGCAUGGAGUUCCAUCCAGGGCAAGACUACUACUUUAUCUCUACUUCAUCGAAAGAUGACAUUUACCGCCGCAUCGGUGGUCGCUGCUCCAGUGACAAUAUGAAGACAGUCUUCAAGGUGUGCUGCCGCGCCAAGGAGACCAACAACCAAACCACUGCAGCCACGGGCAUCAACCUGGGCCCUGUGCACCACUUCCCGGUCACCACAAGCGGCACGUACAGCUCGACGCAGGCCUACAUGCCGCCCCAGCUGCCCACUCGGCCAACCAGGCCGCCCUCAUCGAAGGACUAUCCUCCGAUGCAGCCGCCCAAAAAGAGCAGCGAGUACGACAAGCAUCCAAACGAGGUGCUGAAGAACGAAGAGCUGACCUACAGCGGCGCCUCGGCCUGCUCGUGGUCCUCGUCAAUAUUGCUGUGGUCGCUCCUGGCGGCGUCGCAGGCGCUGCUGACCUACUCGAGACGGUGAGCGCCGUCCUCUUCGUUCGACCAGUGUUGAGAAUCAUCGGAGGCGCAAGAAGAGAGAGUAAAUGUUUUUCGUGUGCGGAGCAAAAAUUCGGCCGCACCCCGUCACCCCCGGACGGGCGUCGGGGGCGGCCGGAGAAAAAAGACUGCAGGCAAUCUAGUUCAUCCUUCUAAAAUUAAGGCGUUCGGAGAGAAUCGCAGACAGUUUGGCCUAUUUUUCUCGAGAACGAGGAUCGACCGACAGUUUAUUAUUUAAUUACGGACAGUUUCAAAGAAGGACCACGGACAUUUUCCACAAUGCGUGAAGAGAGAGUAUUUAAAUAUAGCGAGUGAAUGUAGAUAAAAAAGAAAAAGGAAAAGAAAUCGGACAACCCUGCGUUGAGACGACCUUUUGUGAUCGGUGCAGCUGAGCGAAAUUCCUCCUAGCGAAUGGGGUUCAAACAAGGUGAAAUAUCAGUUUGAUCUCAGUGCAGGCGAAAGGAAAAGAUAAAUUUGAAAGCAGUUUCCUCGGACGGCCCCAGCUCGCAGGAGGAAACAGACCACACAAUAAUUAUUAUCAUCGAUUAUUACCUGUUUUACAACUACUAUUUAUUAUUUGAGCGCCAUGUACAGUCUGAUUACUUAAGUGUAUUCAUGGGAUGUCUCGAGAGUUCAGUUCGGUGAUUCAGUGUCUGGUUGUAUAUUCGAAAGAACGUCCGGAGCCAAUAUGGAAAAAUCUGAAUCUGAUCUUUUCACUUUGGUUCAAGUCGGGCUUUAAAUAUCGCUGUCCACACAUAGGACGCCCGUCCGAGGGCGUCCGAUAUAGUCGUCCGGUUUGAAAAACGAGGAGCAGCAGAAAGUCUUUCUUCUCAUUCGAGUGCAUUUAUAAUUUCGAGUUACUCACUUAAUCGUUUGCCGGCAUUCCUGCCAAUUUUUAAAUAUAUAUCAUUCGGGAGACUUGACGACAAUUUGCCUUCUUUCCACACUGUAAGUAGAUAAUUAAUUUAUGACUCUUGCAGCUGAAAUUUAGGCUGCACUGUGUGAAUUAUGUCGCCGUACAUGUAUUUUAUAUAUAUCAUUCCCUCGACUCUGCUGACAACCUCGUUCGUGUGGUUUUUUUUUUAACUAAAACAUUCCAUCAUUACUUUUGAAUCGAUUGAUUUUCCGCCUCUCCGUUAUUGUACAGACGAAUUGAUUAAUUUUACUCGAAUCAGAAAAACCAACAAUGAUUAAUUUCUUGUGAAAAGAGCGUCUCUUUCUCUCUAUAAUAUAAUUAUAUCUUUGAUCACCGAUUAAAUUAUUAUAUAUAAAAUAUUGUCGCUCCCGUCAGAACUGAAUAAAGGCGAAAAAGUUGCAUCGUUUCGAUAUUUAAAUGUAAAAUGUAUAUUGAUGAGCGUAGUAGAGAGAGCGAAAAAGAAGGGAAAAUUUUCUCAUAUGUGAUAUUUGUAUAAAUGACAUCAACAAUAAUGACGGAUUCUCAUCACAAACACACUCACUCACACUGAUCACGUAUAACAAUGAAAAUGAAAAAAAAAAAUCUGAGCAAAAUGAUUAACAUUUCUCUCAAAUCCGAAUUAUUAUUUGUACAGUUCCGCGUGUAAAGAGCCCCUGACGAGCAAUUUGAGAAAAAAAAACAUAGCAAACGUAAUAAGAUUAAUUAUUAAUUAAAAAUAGUUAAAUGAUAUUGUCACACACGAUACACACACACACACAUACACUUACAUUAAGUAAAGAGUAAACACACACACACUACACACAUGCAUUACAAGUAGCCAGACAGAUGAUCAAGUAGGAAGAAAACUGAAAAUGUUUUAUUGCUGUAUAAAUGACGAGAUGUGUAUGUAAAUAAUUAUACGAAGAUGAAGAAAAAUAAUUAAAAAAAAAGAAAAA